AUGGAUAAUACUGAAGGUUGCAAUAUAGAAUAUGAUGGUACAGUACAUUUAAAAUAUGGGAGUUUUGGUAAACAGAUUAUUGGCUUGGUAUUAGUCAUAGAACUGUGCUUAAUGACCGUCGGUUUAAGUUUGGUCUAUGGUCGACAACAAUAUUUCCGAGUGCAGCCUCGGGAUGUUCAAGUGCAAGAAGGUGGUGAGGCGAUGCUGGAAUGCGAGGUGGCUAAUUUGACGGGUCAAGUGCAAUGGGCGAAAAAUGGAUUCGUCUUAGGGUCCUCGUCGGUUAUUCCGGGUUUGCCUCGACACUCAAUGGUCGUUGACCGUCCUCACGGCAUAUACAACUUGAGGGUGAGCAAUGCUUCCCUAGAGGACGACGCCGAAUAUGAGUGUCAAGUGGGACCGGCAAGGCCUCAUAAGGCAAUUCGGGCAAGAGCUAGGCUCAACGUCAUCUCGCCGCCCUCAUCCGUUGAAAUUUUAGACCACCGGCAUUUUUCAAAGAUAGAAAUAAAAGAAAAUGAAGAGUUCCAUCUCGAAUGCAGAGUGCGAAAUGCAAAACCCGCAGCAAAAAUUGUCUGGUACAGAGGAAUCGUAGAAUUAAACAUACCCAAUCGCGAUGAUCAAAUAAUUGAAGUUCCCGGGAAAAACGGGGACAAAAGACUUACCAGAUAUGACACGCAUUCUCGCAUAUCGUUGAAGCCAACAGCUCAAGAUGAUUAUGCCAGAUACACGUGCGAAGCGAGGCACGAAGCAUUAUCUUCCGACAUACAUAUGAAAACAACAGUGCAGCUUAGCGUAUUUUAUCCGCCUGGUUUGCCAUAUAUUGAGGGGUAUACGGAAGGGAAGACUAUCCGACGAGGCCAAACCGUGGAGUUGGCGUGUCGUAGUAGAGGAGGCAAUCCUCCAGCCCAAUUAAUCUGGUACAAGAACGGCAAACAAAUCCAAAAGGCGUACAAAACGGCCGCAAGAGUUUCACAAAACGUUUACAUCUUCACAGCGGGCGCCAGCGACAACAUGGCAAGAUACAAGUGCGAAUCUAGCAACAUCAUGUCCAAAUCUCCGUUGAAAGCCGAAGUCGACAUGACCGUUUUAUUUUCUCCAGCACGUGUCACCAUAUCAGGUAAAACCGAGGCCAAAGUUGGCGAUCUAGUUACCUUGACUUGCACAACCGCAAACUCGAAUCCACCUGCAGAAAUGAAGUGGAUGGUGGCUGGCAGACAGAUUAGAAAUGCCACCUCCAGAACUCUUGUUUCUCCAGAAGGAGGCUGGAUUACAACGUCCAACAUCACAGCCGUUGUUGAGCCUAACAGGACAAGUUUAGUUGUAACUUGUCACGGAUUGAACAUGCAGUUAAGAGAAAAUGUAGUCUCUACGCAUACUAUCAACGUUUUAUAUCCACCAAAUCCGCCUUUUAUUCAUGGAUAUAGAUAUACGGAGAGGUCGUAUAUACCGUCGGGGACCAUGCAAAAGAUCUCGUGUACAUCAUAUGGAGGAAACCCUUUGGCUACUCUGACGUGGUAUAAAAACGACAAGAAGAUCAAUUCAAUUAUAAAAACGACUGACAAAUCGGUAACGGCAGAAAUAACGAUCGUAACAAAUGUUACUGACAAUAAAGCCAGAUACAGAUGUGAAGCGGCGAAUUCAGCAAUCGAUAUUCCAUUAUUUGAAGACAUCACUAUGAACGUGUAUUUUCCUCCCGAUUAUGUGACAAUUCGGAAAGAUCCUGUAGAAUUAAAACCAAACGAGCAAGCAACGUUAACGUGCGACUCGGGUUCAAGUAAUCCCCCAGCUAAAAUAUUAUGGUGGAGGGACGGCAUCCUCGUACAAGGUUUGUACAACGCGACGAAAGCAGGUCUUCAUGGAGGCACCGUGUCGACGACCGAACUAAAACUUAAUAUCACCGAACAACUUAACGGAAUUGUUUACACGUGUCAAGCUACUAAUGAAGCCUUACGACGUUCCGCUCACGACACCAUCACUCUCCAAGUUUUAUAUAAACCCGUUUUCGAUAAAGAUAACGAAGAAGCGGUCACAGGAGUAGAAGGCGAACCACUGAUCGUCUCGCUGAAAGCUGAUGGCAGUCCGCAAAAUAUCGCAUACACCUGGACCAAAGACGGCCUACCGAUUAUACAAUCGUCAACUGGUUCUGGUGUGGAACGAAUCAUCUCCGACGGUCCUGUUUUAAAUAUAACAAGGUUAAGCAGACAUGACGCUGGCACGUACACCUGCGAAGCGAUAAAUUCGCAGGGUAGUUCGGUCAUUCAGAUUAACAUUACUGUCCAAUAUGCGGCGGCGAUCGUUGCCACAAGCGAGAGUGUGAUAGUGAAUCCGAAUGAAACUGCCAUACUCUGGUGUACAGCGGAUGGCAAUCCGUUGUCUGAUGGUACGAUUAGGUGGAAAAGAGACGCUUUUCCGGAUUUCGAUUCCCGCACUUCAGUCAUGUAUCAUAAAACAGGAACGUCGUAUUUGAAGAUAACUCAUGUCACAAGGAACGAUUUAGGAAAUUUCCAGUGCACUGUCAACAACGGAGUUGGGAAUGUUACAACGAAAGAUGUGAUGCUCAUAGUGAAACAUAAACCUGAAAUCGACGAACAUCCUGCUCUGCUGAAAUUUGCAAGCGAUGAGGGCGACACGGGGAAAGUUAUUUGCAGGAGUCAGGCCUCUCCUCUAGCUAGAUACUCUUGGGCUCGAUCAGGGUGGCCAAUUACUGCCAACACUACAGGAAAAUACUACUCUACUUUUAGACAGAUCGAUGCUUUAACGUCUGAAUCCGUCCUGUACAUUACUCACGUAACUUCAUCCGAUUACGGUAAAUACGAAUGCGUUGCGAGAAACGAACUAGGCUUCUCUACAAUUUCACCGAGACUUGAAGUAACUUCUGCUCCAGAUACGCCGACCCUUCUAACAAUAUUAAAUGUGACUCACGAUACCGUCACACUGGGAUGGACACCUGGUUUUGACGGUGGCCUGAAAGCCUCUUAUCUCAUUAGAUACAGGCGAGUGAAUGAUGAUGGCUAUAAAUAUGUGGACGUAGUGCCUCAUAAUGCGAUUAUAUUUACAAUACGUAAUUUGGAAGUUAACACACAAUACGUGUUUUCCAUUAUGGCGAUGAAUAAAGUGGGAAACAGCAAGUUUAUUACUGAUCUGUUGUCGGCGAACACAUCAAUGUACAACGACCAUAUCGAUAAGAUUGUUCCGCCAGAUUUGUUGGAUAAACAGGAUUUACCGAGAAUUGUUAUUAGUGUUUCUGUUAUUGGUAUUUUGUUUUUAAUUGCCAACAUCGUAUUAGUUGCCGGUUGCAUUCUUAGACGAAGAGCUAAAAGAAUCCGCGAACAAAAUAAUCAAACUCGUACAUCGGCUACCAUCGAAAUCUGUGCUCCGAAUAGCCACAACGAUACCGUCACAGAUGCAACAUUAUCUUCAUUUAAUGAGAAAAGUGAAACUUACAAUAACGAAGAGAGUAACAAUGAUUGCGUGGAGGAUGGCCGUAAACAAGCAACAAGCACUUACCUCGUGGACCAAAAGGACUACCCACGUCCGCAACCAAUAUGUCUUAGUGAUGAGCUUCAGAUGCAACCUAACAUGGUUCACAACACGCACACUCUUUCUCAUCCUCAUCAUCACCACCAGCAUUUUAUGCAUGAUAGGACCAGAGCUAGGGAUGAUCAAAACCUUGGCUAUCAAGGCACUAUGUCAGCAAAAUCGUCCAACAUAAGUGCCCCAUCGCCAGCACCUCCAGCGGACGGAUCCUAUUACAACAUGCCCGACCGCUAUCUUUCGUAUUCACCACCUCUAGAUUUUCAAGAUCCGCCUCCAAUACCGGCACUUCCUCACGUGGGUCAUAUGCGCAACCCGGAGCCACCGCCUCUUCCGGCCAAUGAAUCUCUUCUCCGCCAUCAGCGAGAUGCCGUUCCAUCGCCAGACCGAGAUGCCGUUCCAUGGCCAGACGUUCUUCACAAUUCCAGCGAGAAUCCCCAAAGUCUCCUAGCUCAAAUUCUUGCUCAGAAACGACUCCUGACUAGUUUUGGAAAAGGUUAUGGUAUUAAUGAACAAGAAGGAUAUCUUGUCUGAGACAAGGAGGAUAUUUUAUAGUCCUGUAAAAUAUAAAGUGCGACUGUUGGUCAAUUUUGUGAAUUUAAAAAGGAUCGCUGAAAUAUAUACAAAGACAUAAGUAAUCAAUGAA